ACGGUAAUUUUUCUAAAUUCUCUCAUUACUAUUUUAAAGGGAGAAUGGAUAUGUAACCUCGAAAUAUGCCGGUGAUGCUUAAAUGUCGCGAACCAGUAUCAGCAUUUGCUGUUCAAGCAAUGAAACGUAAAAAUAUAGAAUUAUUGUUAAAGUCAAAGAAAUUGAAGAAAAAACAUACCUCACCAGAAAAGAGAGCAGUAACAAGAAAUGAAGUAAAACAUGAAAUUCAAGAAAAAUUAAAGCAAACAUCUACACAUGGAAAUUCUCAAGAAACAAAUAAAGCUUCUAUAAACAAAGUUCGGACUUCAAAGAAAAAAAAUAAUGUCCCUAAGAAAGCUGCUCGUCUUACUAUUUCGAACAAAAAUCAACCAAUUCACAACCCAACUUAUAAAACAAAAGAUAGAAACAUAAUAGUUACCCGAUUAAAGAAUUCUCUUUUAACAUUAAAUACAGGUAUUGCAAAAAUGAAAUAUAUUAAUCAAAAGCAGCCCAAACAUUAUAAAAGCAGAAAAUCAGCAAAACGAGUUGAUCAACAAUUUACUUAUGCUGACUCUAAAACAACUGAAAAAUGUCAUGAAAAUCCUUUGAAUGUAAGUCGUUCAAUGUUCGAAUGGUUAAUACAUCCAUUGAAAAUAGAUGACUUUUUUGAAAAAAAUUGGGAGCAAACACCUGUUCAUAUAAAACGGAAUUGCAGUAAUUAUUAUAAAUUACUUAUGUCUACCCCAAUGCUUGAUAAAAUAUUGCGGGAGUCUUACAUUCUUUUCACUAAAAAUAUUGACAUUACAUCGUAUGAGAAUGGUGUUAGAGAAACUCAUAAUCCCAAUGGUCGUGCAGUUCCAAGUGUUGUUUGGGAUUAUUACAUGAAUGGAUGUUCUGUUAGAAUGUUAAAUCCACAAACAUAUAUACCAAAAUUACACUCAUUAAAUGCUACUCUUCAGGAAUUUUUUGGUUGUUUUGUUGGAGCAAAUUCUUAUUUAACACCUGCUAAUAGUCAGGGCUUUGCACCUCACUAUGAUGAUAUUGAAGCUUUUAUACUGCAAGUGGAGGGUAAAAAACGGUGGAGACUGUACAAACCACGAAAUGAAAAUGAAUACUUGCCAAGGUAUUCUUCAGAAAAUUUCAUAGACUCUGAGAUUGGUGAACCUAUACUAGAUACAAUUCUAAAUGCAGGAGAUUUGUUAUACUUUCCACGAGGAACAAUACAUCAGGGGGAAACUAUGGAUACUCAUAGUCUUCAUAUUACAUUGAGUGUUUAUCAAAAAAAUAGUUGGGGUGACUUUUUAGAAAAGUUAAUUCCAGAUGCAUUAAAGACUGCAACAGAAACUGAUUGUGAAUUUCGUAAAGGAUUACCUCUUGAUUAUUUAAGACACAGUGGAUUUGUUCAUUCUGAGAAUCAUAGUAAUAACAAAGACGAAUUCAGAGAAAAAAUAAAAAGUCUGUGUAAAAAAUUAAUAGACUACAUUGACAUAGACAAAGCUGCAGAUUUAAUGGUCAAAGGUCAUGUUCAUGAUUUUUUACCUCCUGUUCUUUCGGAAACUGAACAAGAAUGUUCUGUUGUUCAAGAUGGUGAGAAAAUGACUGCAAAUGGAGUUGUUGAAAAUCAAGUAGAAAUACAAUCUGACACAAGAAUACGAUUAUUGCGUUCUCAUUGUAUAAGAUUAACUAAUGAGGAUGACACAUUUAGGAUAUAUUAUUCAAGUGAAAAUUCUAAAGACUAUCAUGAGUAUGAAUUACAAUUUUUAGAAGUCAGUGAACAAUUUGUACCUGCAAUAAAAGAAAUAAUACUGCGAUAUCCUGAAUAUAUGUCUGUAGAAGACUUACCAAUUGAUGGUGAAGAUAACAAGAUACAAAUAGUUAAAGAUCUAUGGGAAAAAUGUCUUGUUGUGACAGAGAGUUCAUUAUGUACAUUGGAAUAA